CUGGUCAUUUACCAGGUCGGCGUCAUCCCCAGCCGGUACUAUGAGGUCCUAGGCAACAAGGACUUCUCCGGGUUCAAAACACUGACUGCCGUCGCCCUCACCCUGAUCAUAGUGAACUCCACGCUAAAAAGCUUUGACCAGUUUAUCUGCAACAUGAUGUACGUGAGCUGGAGGAAGUCCCUCACCGAAUAUCUCCACAGCUGCUACUUCCAGGGCCAGGUCUACUACAGCCUGCACGUGCUGCGUGAGGACAUCGAUAACCCGGACCAGCGCAUCAGCCAGGAUGUGGAGAGGUUCUGCAGGCAGCUCAGCUCCAUGGCCAGCAAGCUCAUCAUCUCGCCCUUCACACUGGCCUACUACACAUACCAGUGCUUCCACAGCACAGGCUGGCUAGGCCCGGUGAGCAUCUUUGGGUACUUCAUUAUUGGGACGAUUGUCAACAAGGUAUUGAUGAGCCCAAUUGUGUCUAAACUUGUGCAGCAGGAAAAACUGGAGGGGGAUUUCAGGUUCAAGCACAUGCAGAUUCGUGUCAAUGCGGAACCAGCUGCUUUCUACAGGGCUGGGCGAGUGGAGCACAUGCGCACGGACCGGAGGCUGCAGAGCCUGCUGCAGACCCAGAGGGAGCUGAUAGGCAAGGAGCUGUGGCUAUACAUUGGGAUCAACACCUUUGACUACCUGGGAAGCAUCCUGAGCUAUGUGGUCAUUGCCAUUCCCAUCUUUUCUGGGGUCUACAAUGACCUGAGUCCAACAGAGCUCAGCGCCCUCGUCAGCAAGAAUGCCUUUGUUUCCAUCUACCUCAUCAGCUGCUUCAGCCAGCUCAUAGAUCUCUCCAGCACCAUGACCGAUGUAGCUGGCUACACGCACAGGAUUGGUGAACUGCAGGAGACCUUGCUGAACCUUGGCAGAAAAAAAAAUGAUAACUACUCAGAAGCCAAAGCCAGCUGGGAUUUGGAUGGCAGACAGUCUGGGGAGGACCCAGUGCCAAGGGACACAGCUUUCCUUCUGGAGCAAGUGACGCUCUCGGUGCCAUCCUCUGGCAAGCUGCUCAUCAAGGACUUGAACCUCAGAAUCUCACAAGGAAACAGCCUGAUGAUUGUGGGGAACACUGGCACAGGGAAAACAUCUCUCCUGAGAGUCCUUGGGGGACUCUGGGAGAGCACGCGGGGGAGCAUCAAGAUGCUGACCUGCUUUGGCCCCCGGGGAGUGGUGUUCCUGCCACAGAGGCCCUUCUUCACUGAUGGAAGCCUGCGCGAGCAGGUGAUCUAUCCCCUGAAGGAGAUCUAUCCGGUCUCAGGAUCCUUUUGCUGGCUGUUACCUGGCCCUGCUCCUGUGGUUCCACCACCUGCAGCAUACAAUGGGCAGUCAGUCAUAAGAGAGCAGCUGGUGGGCAGGGCCUUGGCAGUUGAAGUGUUCUGGCUGUAUCCAUCUGUGACCAUGGUGGGACCAUGUGGAGCCCAGCUGCCUCCUAGCAUGCUGCUCACAGGCAUGGUUAAAAUUUUUAAGGGUCUGCAGAUGAUGAGAGAAUUGUGCGAUUCCUGGAGCUGGCUGGGCUGGUAUGACAUCCUGUCCCCAGGGGAGAUGCAGAGGCUCUCGUUUGCACGGCUCUUCUACCUCCAGCCCAAAUAUGCAGUGCUAGAUGAAGCCACCAGUGCCCUGACAGAAGAGGUGGAGCAUGAACUGUACCGUGUGUGCCUUCAGCUGGGCAUGACGCUAAUCAGCGUGGGACACAGGGCCAGCCUGGAAAAGUUCCAUAGCUGGAUUUUGAAACUUCAUGGGGAGGGAAGAUGGGAGCUCACUCGAUGCGAGAAGAUGAAACGGCUCCCAGCUGGGGAAGGAUGCUGAAAGACAUGCCCUUGUCUGGCCAGCCGCAGAACCUGCACAUACAUGGGAGAGCUCUGAAUAGCAGACACAGAGCUGCUGAGCCAGUGGCUGUCAAUGAGAGAUUCAUCCAGUGCAAGACCAGCUUCUGGACUUUGCUGAUGGACACAGAGCCAAGCCUGAACUCCUGGUGUGCUCUGCCAGGAGCCAUCCUUCUCCCAGCCCCCUUCUCCUGUCUUCCUGCCUCUCAUGGGGGGAAAGGGCUGAGCUGCUAGGCCUCCCAAAGAGAAGAUGCUGCCUCGUGGGGCUUGUAGAAGCCGCAGCCAGAGGAACCUCCCCUUGUCCAGGAUGCAGUGGUGCGAGGCUAGGAUGCAGCCUCCUGUUCUGCCCUCUGUGCCUCUCUGGGACCUCUGUCUCUUUGAUACACAGCUCUGCAGAACAGAAUUCUGUACCUGUGGCUCUGUUGAGGGUUGUGCUCCCCAGCAGGAGCCAGGGGAUGCAUUGUAAGGGGAGGAGAAUGUCAUAAGGAGA